AUGGGUCGCGUUCGUACCAAGACGGUAAAGAAAGCCUCCAAGGUAAUCAUCGAGAAAUACUACACACGCCUAACGUUGGAUUUCCACACGAACAAGCGGAUAUGCGAGGAAAUCGCCAUCAUCCCUACGAAACCUCUUCGUAACAAAAUCGCCGGAUUCGUCACGCAUCUGAUGAAACGUCUCCGACACUCGCAGGUACGCGGUAUAUCGAUCAAGUUGCAAGAAGAAGAGCGCGAAAGACGCGACAACUACGUACCCGAAGUAUCCGCUCUGGAACACGAUAUCAUCGAAGUCGAUCCGGAGACCAAGGAAAUGUUGAAAAUGCUGGACUUCAACAACAUCAGCGGGCUCCAAUUGACCCAGCCCACCACCAACACGUUCAACAGACGUCAAUAG